AUGGAAUCGGAGUCGGACCGUAAUGAAACCAUUGAGCAUAUUGGCAAUUAUAUUAACCGUUGGAUUAUGGCUAAUCAACGACGAAGCAAGAAUAUCUUGUCUAGAUUUCGACCACGACGAGGAGCUUACAUGACCACCAUUUUCUUCCUGAUGAAGCUUCUCUAUUGCGUAAACGCAAUCUCACAGUUCUUUAUUCUUGGACUCUUGCUCAAAAUCGACUUUGCCAAAUAUGGCCUCAAAGUCUCUUCCUACGCUCGGAGUGACACCGUCAUGAUGGAUGAGUAUAUCUUUCCUCGGACGGUAUACUGUGACUUCCAAAUCAGACAGCUGAAAAACAACCCGAUACUGACUACGCAGUGUGUACUACCAAUAAACGUCCUCAACGAGAAAGUGUUUAUAUUUUUGUGGUUCUGGCUCUGCCUCGUUUCUACCCUGUCUAUUAUUAAUCUAAUCCAGUGGAUAUACCGAAUACUCUCCAAGCGUUCAUAUGUCAGCUACAUCUUCCGUUACAUCAACAUUCACGAACAAUCGCUAACGAAAACGGACAAGAAGAGUUGCAGACAAUUUGCAAACGAUUAUUUGAACAGUGACGUCAUUAUGUUAUUGCGCGUUGUCGGCAAGAAUUCCACAGAUCUUGUAGUGGCUGAUCUCCUCGGAUACUUAUGGAGAACCUACAAACAGAAAUUCCCGGAUAAUGCCGAAAAGAUAUUACCAGUUUUUCCUUCUUUCUUUUAUUCUGUCUUUUUUCAUUCUUCUUUCAUUUUUUGUUCUCUCUUCAUUCUCUCUUUCUUUCUGUCUUUCUUUCUUUCUUUCUUUCCAGUUCUUUCUUCCCCCGUAUUCUUUCUUUCUUUCUUUCUUUCUUUCUUUCAUCCUUGUUUUAAUUUUGCUUCUUUCUUUUACUCUUACUUUUUUCAUUAUUUUCUCGUUAUUCUUUCAUUCCGCCCUUUUUUCUUUUCUUUUCUCUUUCUUUCAUUCAUUCUUUCUUUCUUUCUUUCUUUCUUUCUUUCUUUCAACCUUCUUUUAGUUUUCCUUCUUUCUUUUAUUAUGUCUUUUUUUCAUUCUUCUUUCAUUUUUUGUUCUCUCUUCAUUUUGCCUUUCUUUCUUUCUUUCUUUCUUUCUUUCUUUCUUUCUUUCUUUCUUUCUUUUUCUUUCAUCCUUGUUUUAACUUUCUUUUUUUUCUCUCCUGAUUCAUCCUUCUUUUAUUUUUCUUCUGUAUUUUCUUCUCCUUUUUCAUUCUUCUUUCCUUUUUCCUCCAUUCGUUUUUGCUUGUAA